AUGGGAAGAGAAGAGUUGGGGGAGAAAGAAAGCUACCACUGGCAGAUUCGGUGUUAUUGGACUCGUCCAUACAACCCCUUCCGCAGCCACGUGCAGAGAGUCAAACCCAACCCUCUCCUUUUCUCUCCAAACCCAACAAAAAACACAACUUUUCUCCACCCCAUAACAACACAAAAGGCAAACUUUUCCGCUCACAAUUCGGCUGAAUUUUGGACCGAGAUGGGUGCAGGGGACUACUACAAGAUCCUCAAGGUGAACCGCAAUGCCACGGAUGAAGAACUCAAGAGGGCAUAUAAGAGGUUGGCCAUGAAGUGGCACCCAGACAAGAACCAUCAGCACCACCCUGUUACGAAAGAAGAAGCUGAGGCCAAGUUCAAACAGGUUUCGGAGGCUUAUGAUGUUCUCAGUGACCCCAAGAAGCGCCAGAUCUAUGAUUUCUAUGGCCACUAUCCCUUGAACUCUAUGAAGGUGAAUGAGGAGAACGGUGAUGGGGAUGUUAGGGUCCCCAAGAGCGAGAAAGUUGGAGUGGUUGAGAGCAAAUUGGUGUGCACCCUUGAGGAACUUUUCAAAGGUUGCAGAAAGAAAUUGAAGAUCUCAAGGACGGUUCCUGACGAAUUCGGUAAGUUGAAGACUGUGGAAGAGGUGUUGAAAAUAGAUAUCAAACCUGGUUGGAAGAAAGGCACAAAAAUAACAUUUCCUGGGAAAGGCAACCAAGAAGCAGGAGCUAGUGCCCCUGAUGAUCUAAUCUUUGUGGUGGAUGAGAAACCACAUGCUUUAUUCAAGAGGAAUGGAAAUGAUUUGGUUGUGACACACAAAAUCUUACUUGUGGAGGCUCUAGUGGGAAAGACUCUCAACUUGACAACCUUGGAUGGAAGAGAGCUGACAGUUCAAGUGACAGAUAUUGUGAGACCAAAAUUUGUGUUGGUGGUUCCAAAUGAAGGAAUGCCCAUCUCAAAGGAACCUGGCAAGAAAGGAAACUUGAGAAUCAAGUUUGAUGUUAUGUUCCCAUCAAGGCUUACCACACCGCAGAAGCAUGAGCUGAAAAGGAUUUUGAGCAACACUGAUGACUAA